GCGCCGGCGUCGGAGUCGGAGUCGGCAUCGGUAUCCCACCGGCUCGAGGAUACACCGAGUUCGUCUCGCGCGAGGCUGCCGGCCGCAUACAGUUCGUCCGAUACGAUCGCGGCCACUUCCCCGUUUCGGUAACAAGUGUUUCGAUCGCCGUCAAUGGACGGUGAAACCGUUUCCUCGCAUUCGAACGAUAAACAAAUUGUGACCGCGUGAUCUCGAUAAUCGUGAUAAUCCGUUACCGGUAAAAAGUAUCGGUCCGGUUACGAACGGGAACAAGAAGAACAGAGAUUUUUAUUGGUAACCAGAAGAAGAUGUAGACCGACUGGAUUUCUGAAUAUCGAUCGAUAGAUCUGCGCAUCGGUUCGAGGAACUUCGGUCUCGCACGGUAUACGUCGUCACCCGAUCGUGAGAUUCUCGAUCGGAGGAAGCGCUGCGGGAUUAAAGGGGCGCGUGUGCAUGUGUGCUCCGGUAUGAUCCAGCACGGUUGAAUCUUCUUUACGCAUCAGCUCGACGGAACACGUUCGAACCUGGAAAGAUGAUUCGCGACUAUCUGGUACUACUUUCGUGGCUGUGCGCGGUACAAGGAAAAAUAGGGUAUUUCUGGCACAUCACUGACAUCCACUACGACCCGCAAUACUACACCUACAGGCCAGAAACUGCGUGUUGGAAUCCGAGGAACGGGAAACAGACUAACAACGGUCGCAGUACUAUAGUACCGGGAGAAUUCGGAGAUUAUGGAUGCGACUCGCCCUGGGCACUGAUCGAAUCGGCGGCCAAGGAAAUGUCGAUCCGUAGUACCGACGGUGUCAAGUUUAUACUCUGGACAGGAGACGCGUUGACGCGGACUACCGGCAUGAGCACCGAGCUGCGUCUGCAGUGUUUGCGGAAUUUGACCGAUCUGUUGUCCCGCACGUUCAAGGGACAAUUUGUGUUCCCGGCGCUCGGGCACGACGACAUCGGGGUCAGCUUCUCCCAGCUGGCCGACCUAUGGCAGCACUGGCUGCCGCAAGAGGCUUUGGACACUUUUAAAAUCGCCGGAUAUUACAUGAUCGAGCAACGCGCGGAACAGUAUCGGAUCAUCUUGCUCAACACGAAUUUGUGGCUGAACACCGCCGACAACCGUAUGCUCCAGCGUAUCGGGACCGGCACGAACAAUAACACCGAGGAUCCGGCGAAUCAAUGGUCCUGGUUCCAAGCGGCUCUGGACACCGCGCGGGGGAAGAAACAGACGGUUUACAUCGUGGGUCACACACCGCCGGGCGUAGACGACCGCGACAGCGGCGCGGUGAUGUUGCAGGAGCGUCACAACACGAAGUACCUGCAGCUGAUCCGACAGUACUCGGACAUUAUUCGCGGUCAGUUCUUCGGUCACUGGCACUCGGACACCUUUCGCGUGGUUUACAGCGAUACCGGUUUACCAGUCUCCUGGAUAAUGAUGGCACCCAGUAUAUCUCCGAGAACUGCCGGAGGUCCGAACAAUCCUGGUCUGCGACUGUACGAGUUCGAAACUACUACCGGUCAGGUGCGGGAUUAUAAGCAGUACUAUCUUAAUCUGCUGGAAGCGAAUUCAAUCGGGGCGGCGAAGUGGUCGGUGGAGUAUUCCCUGUGCGAGUACUACGACCUCAAGGAAAUCACGGCUAUCAGUCUUCACGACCUGGCGGACCGGUUCACGCAAUUCAAUGAUUACGCUUUCGUCAGAUACUACGCGGCCAACACGGUUUCACUACCACGGGAGGUGGAACAGAUCUGGGGCUGCGGGGGCCCGUUGAACGGAGCCUGCGCCCUUCACCAUUACUGCACGGUCACCAGAUUGAAUCAGGAGUCCUACAAAGAGUGCUACAUAUCGUACGCGUACGCACUCGCGUCGACCGGCGUCCCAUCGACGCCGCGACUCCACCUCGCGCUCCACCUCGCGCUCGUGCUACUGGUCUGCCUAGAGUUCCUGAGGAACCGGUAGGUUGGGACUCCCGGGUGUCCCGGCAAAGGACAGCGGCUGCUUCGCUGCCUCCUCGCGCUGACGUCACUCGCGAGCCAACGAGCUUUACGCGUUGAGACCGGUAAUCAUUCUGGAGAUCGACCAACCUCCUCGUACCGCGGCGGGUUCGAUCGCGGUAGGGAACGGGCUUAGGAAAGUGCGACCGAAUCCAACUUAAUAUCUGUGUCUGUCUCUUUGUCCACGUCUUCUCUCUGUCGUAACGCGCGAAGGGUACGAGAGACACGGCCGUGGCGCCCGCGUCACGCGUUCACAUCGAGACAGCGGAACGCGUGCGACACGCGGGAGCGGCACGGUGACCAUCUCGGGCGGGUGCGCGCCGGCGAUCGUUUAAUAACUCGGACAACGAGAUUUCGAGAUGUUCGGCGCGACUCGCUUCGACUGGUGGCGAGUGAUUCGAUCGAGACUCCGCCAUGGGAACGGACGGAGCUCGACGCGAUGAACGAGAGAGGAGGAUAAUCCACGGGCUAAACCCUGAAUGUUAAGGAACGGUUCGAAUCGAGAAACCGAACCAUGGAAAAACCUUGAUGUUGUAACUUGCUUCACUUAAGCGUUCGGUGUACGUUGUUUUUAAACACGGGAGAUUGAUCGUAUUUAUAGGAGCGCGGACGAGCAACGACGUGUGUGUGUGUAUGCAUGUAGAAUGGAAACGAACGACGGAUCCGCGCGGAGAUCGAUUUUGCGUCGCGGCCGCGGAAGCGACGUCCAUCCGCGAGUUCGGCGGCCUGCACUCGAUCCGUCGGGGUUCCGUCGCCGACGGGAGAGCAGCGGCGUCCAACGAUUCCGAGACGAGACUGCGUCGAAGCGUUCAUAGCUUGAAGAGCCAUUAUAUUCGUACCACCAAUUCGCGAUUGUCGGAACAAUACAGUAUUUCUUAAUAAACGAGUUAUGGAUUUGUA